CCCAGCUUCAGACUACCAACAGCGACGCUAACGCCCAAGAAGAUGUCAAAUGAUGCGGAGCGAACUGGUGCUGCCGCUAAGGUCGAGGACGGUGAUGAACCGGAUGAGUGGGACAAGAGAAUCUUCAGCACCGGCUGCGCUGACGAAAACGCGAAAUUGACGGAUUGUUAUUAUGAGAAGAAGGACUGGCGGGCAUGCAAGAAGGAGAUGGAGAUAUUUCGAGAAUGCUGGAAGCAGUAUGGCAAUGACAAAAGGACCGCGUCAAAGGAUUCCUGAUCGUUCACCUUGCUAUGGCGGAUCAUGGCAUUUCUGUACAACUAUUUGUAUUUUACUGUAUCUAUAACCCGGUCACCUCUCGAAUCGUAAUGGCCCAAAGUCAUGAAUGGGCAUCAUUUCUGGCAGAAGUCCUGUCAUGGUGUCGAGGUGACUCCUGCACCCGUACCAAUAAAC